CGCGUCUUAUUUCAACAGGUACUCAAGAACCAUAGUUACCACCAUGAAACCAUCGCUCAAUCAGCGUUAUGCUCAUGCGGAAGGGCAUACUGUCGUAAAAUAUACAGUAGACGGAAGUGCAAUUAUCACUGCUGGCAGCGAUUCUUUGAUUCGAGUUUUCAAAACUGCUAAAGAUGAACGAGAUGCAGCAGCUACAACCAUAGACAAGCAUUCUGAAGCCAUACAAAGCAUUGCCGUUCAUCGCUCUAGCUUUGCCACUGCCGGUGAUGACGGUAUUGUCUGCGUCUUUGGCAACAGCACUCUUGAUUUCGAAAAGAUGUUGGUAAGAAGCAUAUCUGCCGUUCGCAUGAUUAGCUACAGCCCAACUGGAUCCAAAAUUGCUGUGGCAUCCGAUGAAGAGACUAUUAGAAUGUUCAAUGUGAACGAUAUUUCAAUUGUCAUUCCUAUCAAAGGACACAAGAAAUUCGUAAAAUGUGUAGAGUUCGAUCCUAAAGGCGACUUCUUGAUAUCUUCUGCCUGUGAUGGUGAAGUGCGCGUGUGGGAUUUGGACAGUGCGGAAGGCGGCGUCUCGUGUGUAGCUACAUUACCAUCGAUCGCACCAUCAACGGAUCAAGAUUCUAAUAUCAGGGCAACAGUUUCUUGGAGACCAAAUGGCGCUGCCUUUGCAGUCCCAGGAAAGAACAAAGAUGUUCAAUUGAUUGGUAGAGGGACAUGGCAACCCAUAGCUGUACUCAAGGAUGGUCAUGAUGAGAAUAUUACAACCCUCGAUUGGUCACCUAAUGGCAACUAUUUGGCAACUGCUACAACAUCUGGUCAAGUGUGUAUAUGGGAUAUCUCUGAGAAAGAGAUUGUGGCCAAGUAUCAAAAUGCAAUUGAAGUUUCAGGACUAUCAUGGCACCCCACUGGAAAUGUGCUGGCUUUCACUGAUAGAUAUGGCCAAAUGACCACGUGGGAGGACGUUGUCCCAAUGCAAGAAAAGACACUACCUCAUCCAGCUCUGGCCCACGCUACUAUCUCACAUGAGGAAGUUGAUGAACUUUUUGGUGAACGACGAGAACCAAAUGGCAGUCGAAGACAGCGAGGUAUCGAUGAUAUGGAUCGAGAUGACGGAGAGGACAAUAUGUCCGACCUUGAUGACUUUGUCAUCGACGAUGAAGAUGCCGAUAUUGGUGCUAUCAGACAACACCAACCCCGGUCGACUAAUGGUGCGAAUGCUAGCACGUCUGUCAUACAACAAUUGCUCUCUGCUCCACAACAGCCGUUCCAAUCAGGCUCAACGCCUUACAAGCAUACCAAUGAUAGAGGAGAGCCAUUGGAGGGGGAAAGACGAUAUUUGGCUUUCAAUAUGGUUGGCGUGAUCUAUACCAUUUUCCAAGGAACUCAUUCUGUCAUCAAUGUUGAAUUCCAUGACAAGUCACAAAACCGAAACUUUCAUUUCCAAGAUUACUUCAACUAUUCAAUGGCAGCACUUGGCAAAAAGGGAGCGGUUUUCGCUGUAGAAGCUAGUGAUUCUGUGCAAAGGGAAAAUGAUGAAGGCGAAGAGCAGCCUGGUAGGAACCCAUCCAGAAUCUACUAUCGUGCCCUCGGCGGCCUUGCGGAUAAUGCUGAAUGGAGCAUGCGAUUACCUGACGGAGAGGAAGUCAUUGCACUUGCUGUCAAUGAUGUUUCAGUGAUAGUGGCGACAUCUGCCAACUACAUUCGCAUUUUCACUCUGUCUGGACUUCAAGUCCAUAUCUUUAACCUUUCCAACAUGGUGGCUAUUGCUGCAGCUGCUGAUCUUGCCCUAUUGGUGUAUCAUGGAGGAAUUGGUGUGAAAGGUGAACCAAAGUUGGAGUGUUUGGUUUACAAUACUGACAAAAUGGAAACAAUACAAAGAAAUGUUAUGGUGACAAGCCCGGGAGCCACCAUUCAAUGGAUUGGCUUUUCAGAAACAUCGCUUCCAGCGUCUUGUGACUCAAACGGUAUUCUAAGCGUCCUUUUCAAGCAAAGACGGCCCGAUCAAGCUACGUGGGUACCGGUGUUUGAUGGCAGCAAGGUUGCUCAAGAAAGAGGCUUGGAUGAACAUUAUUGGCCUGUUGGGUUACUACGUGAUCAAAUAAUGUGUCUAGUGUUGAAGGGCAAGACCAACCAGUAUCCAGCAUUCCCUCGUCCAGUCAUAAGCAACAUUAUACUUCAAAUGCCGUUCUUACACAUGGACACAGAGACCACCAAGCUAGAAGAAAGCUAUGUUCGAACGAACAUCAUGUCUACACACGAGCGAGACGAAGCUACCGCUACUUCACAAGAAGAUGAAUUCCACAAAAUACUCAGCAAUGCUGACGUUGAAAUGGACAAGACACUACUAAGGUUGAUACAGUUUGCAUGUAAAGCGGAAAAAUCCCAAAGAGCUAUUGAUAUUGCAAAAUCAUUGCAUCUCUCUCGUUCAUUGGAUGCUGCCGUAAAGAUAGCUACGCACCACCGAAUGCCCGCUUUGGCUGAACGAUUUAAUCAAAUUAAAGAGACUAAAUUUAUGUCGUCUAUUAAUGACGACUUGACAUCGUCGUUCGAGAGUCAGACAUUAAAUCAAGGACCACGGAUAUUUUCAUCAUCGAACUCCUCCCUUUCAAGUCAACUGGCGUUCCAGGAACCUACACCAUCACUCUUUUCACCUAGUGUGCGUAACAUUAAAUUGGCCCAACGAAAACGCGAUCAACUCCUCUCGCAAGACACUGACAGUGACAUGGAUAAUAUACCUGGAUCGCCGGCGCGAAAGAAAACUCGUGAAGGGCAAGCAUCCCCUAUCCCCAGUAGAACUCUUUUGUAAUAAUAAUAAAAAAAAAAAGUGCGGAAGCGUGAAGUGAAUUAGUUGAGCAUUGAAACUCCCCUUACUUCUACUAUGAAGAUCACACAGGCAAAUUUUUUGACCCCGAAAGAUGGUCCAG